UCCCGUCAUCAUCAUCGGUUAACACUUUCCCUUUUCCAGUUCCUCUGUCAUCAUCAUCAACAGGUUAACACUGAACCCAAAGCCCAUUCUCAGCUCCACCUCCUCUCUCUCUCUCUCUCUCUGAAACUUUAAUGGCGAAAUCUUUAGCCAAAGCUCUCUCCUUUUGGGCCUACCUCACUCUGUUCGCUCACCCUCGCCGCCAUUAUUUCUUCUCCUUCCUCCGCCCCAGCGGCCCCCACUCCAAUAUCCUCAACCUCCCCGCCGACCUCCGCCGCCACUACCUCGCCCGGGAAACUCGCUCAAGAUCCAAUCCCCAGACCCAACUCUUCAGUCCCACCCAGCUGCUCAUCAUCGAAGACGGCCCUCGGACUCCGCACCUGACGCAGAGACCGUGCUCGUUGCCUCCACGGCCUCGGCCUGCAGCUCCUACUCAUUCACGCAACGUAAUGCCGUCUCUCUCCGCCGCAGGAAUCCGCAGCAUUGCCAUCGAUCUCCCCGGCUCUGGCUUCUCCGAAAGGAUCGGAGCCAGUGGGAAUGUCAAUUGGCUUUUCAGGAUUUGGCGGGAAAUUAGAGCGAAGGGGAUAUUUUGGGCAUUUGAUCAGCUGGUUGAGACUGGGGAGAUUCCGGAACCUCAGAUAGGUGGUGGGUCUGUGUCGGAAUUGUUUGGUCGAGUUGUAGGACAGGUGUUUGACGAAAUGUCGCUGAGAAAACCCGUGCAUUUGGUUUUGCAUGAUUCGGCAUGGGGAGCUGCGAUGAAUUGGGUAUCGGCGAAUUCCGGUUCAGUGAGAAGCGUUACGUUUCUUGACUCUUCGCCUGCUGAGCUUCCGGCGUUCCCAUUUAGGUUUUUAGAAAUGCCAGUUGUUGGGGAUUUGGUAAUGCAUUCGCGGAUUGUUUUUGGUUGGUUGGUUAAGGUUUGUUGUUUGAGGUCGGAGAAUGGGAAAGAUGCUGCUGAGGUUUACAGGAGUUUGAUGAGGUAUAAUGCUGGGAGGGAGGGGGUUAUAGCAGUAGGAAAUGGGUUGAAUUAUAGCUUUGAUUUGGGGGAAUGGGCGAUGUCCGAGAGGAUGAAGGACGUGAAGUUUCAGGUGCUGUGGUCAAAUAUGUGGUCAGAUCGAUGGAUUGAUGAAGGCCGGCGAAUGGCUGCAGUGCUCCUGGAGGCGAGACUUUCUUGGCAUUUUGGAGGGAGAUGGCCUCAGAGCCCGUGAUUUAGUUGUCCUUUUUUUCAUUCAAGUGAAGGCCAAGUGUUCUCCCUUUCUCCCACUAUGCUAUUGAAGGCCUGCUUUUCUAUAAUAUGUGGCCUCGACUUACAUAUCCUGGAACCUGAAGUUGACUUACCUUGAGAAUAUAAUCAUUCAAUUGGUAAAGAUGCAAAAUUAUGUGGUGUUUCUUUUAUAAAUAGAUGACAGGCUUCCUAGUUAGUAAUCUCAUUGUUCAUCUAUUAAAGGUAGGAAAGCACUUGUUUUAUUUAUGUUCCCUUUGGACUGAGUCCAUGAUUUAGUAUUUUUGUAUAUAAGUGAAGGCCAAGAGUUUUUAUUUUUUUCCUUUCUCCCCUUAUGCUGUUUAAGGUCUGAUUUUCUCUGUGUGUCAGCACAAUGAAAGAUGCAUACCAGGUACACUGGUUAUUCUAGUCCUUAAUCGAAAUUCAAAAUUAAUAAAUACUGCAAUUCAAUUCUUGAUAUUUGAGAUGAUCUAGCAUGAGGUGGAGGGGCCGGCCAGGCGGCCACUGCCGGGGAGGUAAGGGAGCUGAGGUCAACCUAACAUUAGGAGAUGGAGACAGCUGGAGUUGAGGAGGGGGCUAGCUUGAGGUUGGUGAGGGGAAGAGUGAGAUUAGAGGAGGAGGAGAGAAACAGAGGAAUAAGUAGUGUCAUAUCUGUACCAUUCUAUGGGAAU